GCAUCUGAAGGAUUAUCCGUCAUGCCUAGUCUCCUAUCUGUGAAGCCUGGUGAAAUCGUAUUCCCCAACACUUUGUAUCAAUCGGUUAACACUACCUUGUCCCUGACUAAUGUUGACGGGGACAAGAAGGCAGUGGCUUUCAAAAUCAAGACGACUGCUCCUCGCAAUUAUCUAGUUCGACCCUCUUCUGGUGUUGUUGCUGCCGACGCUACUGUGGAUGUGCAGAUUAUUUUGCAGCCGCAAACUUCGGAUCCAAGCCUCAACACAGAUAGGUUCCUCAUUCAAGCUACUACUAGUGCCACAGGUCAGCCUCUUGAGCGUGACGAAUGGGCUCGCGUUGCCAAGGCGGAUAUUCACGAGCAACGUCUCCAUGUUAUCUUCAAGCCAGCUGAGGAGGGCUCUCAGGCCAAGGAAGGUGCCGCUGCUACUGCUCCUACCGUUGCCGCCACGAAUUCUUCUAAUAUUGCUGCUGGAGAACUGAGAGGCAAGUACGACGAACUCGUUCAGUACACAUUGUCGAUUGAAAAGGAGAAGUCCAAGUUGGAGAAGGAGCUCGAAGCCAACAAGGCUCGUAGUGCGGUGGUGGCUCGCUCUUCCUCGGGUUUUACAACUAUGCAGCUGCUCAUUUCCAUGGUCAUUGCAGUGAUCAUUUCUCGCCUAGCGGCUCUUUAUGGGUACUAAUUGAGUGUGGAUGAGGAGUCAGAUUUCCACACACAUUACAAGAGUCUGUAUUGAGCUUGAAGUGUUGGUCUAUUUUGCUCAUCUCUACACUUCUAUACACAUACCACCAUUACUAAAGGCUUUUCAUAGCAAAUUCGGUGUUAUCGUUGUGGAGCUCAUGUUAGUAUGAUGCGAACAACUGGUAUCACCUUCUUCCUAAUGCGAGUGCCAAAGAUUGUUGGUGUGUGCUUAUCGAAGCUCCUUUGUCGGAGGUGUGAGUAGUGACGAUUCUCUGGUGAAAAAUAUACAUACAAUUUCAAGCCUAAACUCUGUAU